UCCCGAACCACAACAAAAAGGGACAAACUCGGUGUCCUCUCUUACUCGCAAGGAAAAAAAAGAAAGAAAACUUUAAUUUCCUGUCGUUUUCCCUCGGUGUCCACGUAUCUAAUGACCGUUGUCGUUUGAAGCAAAAAUGGAUACAAAGGAAGAUGGGGAGGCAGACACACAAAGUAUCGACAACCAGGCUUCUCAUACGAACCUGACACCAACCAUGCUGAAUUCCCUUGUCAUCUCUCCUUCAAAGUCUGUCACAAGGCCCACUCAGGCCCUUAGUCCCAUCAGAAAACCACCCUUAGGGCUGAGCCAUGGAAGCUAUCUAGAGAACAGUGAUAGGGGAAGGGCAUAUAGUCAGCCAGGCUCUUUUGACUCCAAGAUCAACGGAAACCUGAAUGAAAACCAAGAUGGACACAUACGGUCUGUUGCUGUUGUUAAAAGUUCAGAAGUUGAAUUUCCUGUUCAGUUCCACGAACUGCAGUCUAACACGGAUCUUAAGAUGCCUCCCUCAAACUGGUUACAGGACCACUCUUCAAUUAGAUUGCCAAAUCCUACGCACAAACAUGCUGAUUUUUCAAGCUUCUUGAUGGCUCACCAAUUCCUAGACUGCAUCGGGGAAGUGGAUGUCAUAUCAGAUGCCGAGAAUAUAAAGAAAUUACUGAAGAUCCCCUACAACCCCAAGGCUCACGUGAGCAUGAUGAUUCACCGCGUGGGCAAGACACUCCUCAUCGAUGAGUUUGACAUCUACAAGUACCUGCUUAGGCAGUCAGAGAAGGAGUGGCAGUGGCUGCGAAAGUUCUUUUUUGAGCAUGUGCUUCAGUCUCUUGCACACAAGGAAAAUGUAUUGGUGAGGCCCAACAAGAGUCGCAACGUUGUGCAGAGUCGGAGCCUCCUAUCAAAGUUUUUGUACCACAGCAUCAACGAGGAAGAGAACCGUCCUGCAAGCCCCCCUAGCCAGUCAGAGACAGAGAGCCCAGUAUCUGUACGACGUCCCUCAGUGCUGCGGAAUGAGGUAAUGCCUGAGCCCACCAUAGAGGACCAGCUGCCACAAGCUUCAGGCCAGACUUUUACAAGGAAUGUGGUGUGGAACUUUGAAGACCUGCACAUGCUCAUAGGGACUGAUUUGCCCAUCUUUGGAGGAGGAACUCAUCCUUGUGUGUCAUUGAGGCUGAGGGAUAUGAACAAGCCAAUCAACAUAUUGACUGGCAUAGACUAUUGGCUAGACAACCUCAUGUGCAACGUACCAGAAGUUGUUAUGUGCUACCACCUGGAUGGGAUUGUUCAGAAGUAUGAGCUCAUCAAGACCGAAGACCUUCCACACAUGAGCGACUCGCAGUUCUCGCCGACACUGGUGCGAGAUGUUGCCCAGAACAUCUUGUCCUUCCUCAACAGCAAGGCAACUAAGGAGGGGCACACAUAUUGGCUUUUCAAAGGAAAGGAUGAUGACAUAGUUAAGCUGUACGACCUAACCUCACUGUGCAUAGAGGGUUGCAUCAGCGUGGAUGGGUUAGAGGAAGAGACGCAGAACGAGGAUGCAAGCAACCCCUUCACCGUACCUGUGGCCAUGCUCUUCUAUAGGGUUGCCAAGAACAUGCGCACCUCAGAGGACGCCCACAAUAAGAUUGCAACAAUAAGGGCCUUGUUGCGGAACUCACUGAGCCUGUUAAACAAGAAUGAGUAUCCAAAAAUCGUCUCCUCGGCACAUUACAUGCUCUCAGACCUUUAUGUACCCCAAGACAUUGACCCAGACUCCCCAGUUUUGUCGGACUGUAGUGAUGAAGACAGUGAGUGGUCCUCUACAGUCAGUAGCGACAACGAGGAUCAAAGUGAUGAUGAAUGCAAUGCAGAAGACCACUCUGUCACCCUUUCGAACCGUAGUUCUUCAAUUAAGGUUUCGUCACUCUGCCUCCCCCAUGCUAAUAAAACACAGUCGCAGCAUUAUAAAGCCCCUCCCCUGUUGGGUACACUUGAGGAGCGAUGCCAUUGUGCUCUUAACCAUGUGAUAGAAGCCCUACAGUGCCUCCACAUCUCAAGUACAAGUGAGAGAGAGCAUCACAGCUCCUCAAGAGGACAAGAGCCCAUGUGUUCAAGGAGUCACCAGGAAGAAGAACCAAAGAUGGCAAGGCCUUUUGAGCCAAUUCCCAUGCCAUAUUCUCCCCUUAAUGCAGAGAAGCAGGAUGAAAAGACAGCCCUAGUGGUAGCCAAAGAUAAGACAAAUGACCAUAGGCUGACAGUGUCCUUAUUUAGUCAGCAGUAUGCUGUGGCGAGUUGGUGGGAUAAGUUGCAUGUGCUAGUCCUGAGAAAAGCAUCAUUAGUGUACCUUGUCAUGGCAAGGAGUUGCUUCAAUAGCCAAAGGUAUGGCCUUGCCUUAAGGUAUGUGAAGUUCUCCCUUCAUGCUUGGGAUGGCAUGGCUCGCAAGCUUGGUGUCAAGGAAUGUGAUGUCCCCGUCCCAUGCCAGGCACUGACAUUAGCUGGUGACACAUACUACAUGCUCUCAAAGGCAUGGGAUGAAGUGGCCAGUCAUAUUGAGGACUAUAACAAUGUCAUUUCAGCACACCAGGACAUGCUGUCACUCCUUUCCAAUAUUUUGCCGGCCCAAGAGUGCAACUGGACCAUCAAACUAGCCUGUGAUGUUGAAGAGGCCCUAAGGCUGAGCUCAAUGUGCUUUGAGAAGGCCCUCUCAUCUGCCGAUCCUCAAACAGCCAUUCACCUGUCGCGUCGCCUGGGGAACAUCUGCAACGAGCUGGGAGUCAUGUACAUGAAUCAGGCAUCAAAGCUCUGCGAGGAAAAUGACAUUGGGUUCCAAGCGGCGGAAGAACUGUGGCAGAGAAGUGCCGAAGUCCUCAACCGCGGAAUCACAAAUUUUACACGUGUGGGUGACGUUACCAAUAUAGCCCUCCUGCAUUCCAACACAGGCCGUCUGCUCCGACUCUGUGCAUUCUAUUGCGUCCCCAAAGAAGGUGUGAGGGAGUUCUCCAAACAGGAAAGACACUAUUAUGAUCAGGCAAUAAAAGAAUACCAGAAAGCAUUAGAAGUCUUGAAGUCUCGGAAAAAGUGUCCAGACAUUUGGGAUCUUGUAGUGUGGGAAUUUAGCACAACUUUAUAUACCAUAGCGUCCUUGUUACAAGACCAUCCCCCGUUGGAAUCAAAGCCUGGCGAAGAACAUAGUCGUGAAGUUAUGGAUCUUCUCACUAAAGCUCUCAAACACUGUGAUGUGAAAACACUAGGAGCACGACAGCCUCUGUACCAGUACCGGGCUGCAGUUAUUUACAUGCGGCUUGCUGGCAUCUAUCACAAUGCAGUGAGACAUAGCCAAGGAGAUAAGAAAACCAUGAGGCAUCUGGCAGAGCUCAACUACAGCAAGGCAGCUUCGCUCUUCAUGCAGCUGGAGAACCCAAUUGAUAUUCUCAAAGUACAACUGGAUCAGGCAGUGCUCAUAGAAGAUCAGAUGUCAGGGACAGCAAACACCCCAAUCACCAUGAAACUCCACUUUUCAAUCCUGCAACUACUGAUGGACUCCAUCUCCGCACUGAAAAUCAUCACCCAGACUGUGGCCAAGCCGAAGACCAACCCUCAGGGAGCAGAAGGCAACUCGGGGGAGCCUGGUGCAACCUGCAGUGCCAACCCUAGAGAAAAGUUUCAUACUGGAAGUCCCAGCAGAAGUAAGGCAGGAGACAAUAACAACGGAGAGGAGAAAGAGGUUCAACCCCAGACCGAGGCUGUGAUAUACGACGACGAGGAGAGCCAGGAGAAGAUACUGGCACUCCUGAAAGUCUUUGAGAAGAAGCUGCAGAACUCGCUCAUGUCGCUCAUUAAGUUGUAUGCUCAAUCAAAGUGCUCAAAAAAGAGCAGCAGCUACAGUGGAAAUGAGGUGACCUUGUUAAAGCAGAUGUACAGCCUCAGCCUGAACACUCAGUCCCUUCCUCUGGGAUCCCACCUCCUGACAGCUGUGACUGCAAUCAGCCCUCUGUUCAACCAGGUCCGCCCCCGAAGAUGAUGCCAAACGAAUGCGCGAGUUCCGUCCACUUAUUCAGUUCAAGACUCGGUUUUAUUCUGAGUGGAUGUUUCAUAGUUUCCCAGAAGCUGUGUUACCUGAAAUCACUUCAGUUAUAGAUUUUUGUCUCUCUAAACGAUAUAUCCCACAUUCUGACCAUUACAUAAAGAGCGUUACUUCCAUUAAUAGUAUGAAAUAUCUUUCAGUUCGCUUUUUCUCACGUUUGCACUAAUUAAUCACGGUAAUUACUCUCAUUAUCAGAAUCAAGUGAGUCUCUCUGUGUAUACUCAGACAUGAUCUCAUUGAACCCAAACAUUCUUUCAUUCCUGAGUUCCUUUCAUUGACUAAUUAUGUGUUCAUUUUUGUCAGGUUAUUUUUAUAUGUGUUCUCAUUAAAAGGGGAAGUACGUAAGGCUUUCUCCCUAUAGAUGGCUUAUUCUUUGUAUAGAUUUCGUAAAAAUUUCAAGAUGACCUGAUAUUCUGUUUAGAUAUUCGUGGUUUGACUUUUGGAUUGUAUUCAGCAUUACAGUAUUGUCCUUUUAUGCUGACUUUCUUUCUUUUUAUGAACUUGUCAGCAUUGUUCAAAAAGUCGUGCCAAGUGGGAAGUUUGAAAGAUUUGAUUGAUUGGAACCAGAUUUUUGUUAUUUAUUUAUUUUUUUGUUUUUUCAUUCAUGAAACAUUGAUAGUAAUGUAAUUGUUGUUAUUAUCAUUAUUAUAAUAAUUAUUAUGAUUUUAUUAUUGCUACUCACUUACUAUUAUUAUUAUUGCUAUUAUUAUUAAUAAUAUUAAUACUCUUAUUAUCAUUGUCAUUGUUAUUGAUGUAAUAAAAAUGAUUUUUUUUUUUUUCUGUUAUUUUGACUAUGAUUUCUUUUUCUUUUUCUUUUUAUUCUUGUUUUUAUCUGGAGUAGAAAAGGAAAAUUUCAUGAUAAGAGAGAUAGCAAUUUUUAUGCUAUCGGGAAGUGUGAUACAUGAUAUUUAAGUGGAAAUAUCAUACUUACAGUAACAUACCACUCGUAUGGAACAUAUUGAGUUGCAUCAGUGAUAAAAAGUUAUUUUGUAUAUUAGAUAUUGAUUUAGUAAUCUUUCAGUUUCUAAUUGUGAUAUCAUUUGUAUUAUGUAGAUUCAGAAAUAACUAUAAACUACAUAGUGUAUCUAUUUUCUUUUGUAGUUAUGCUUUUAACCCACUGCCUCCAGGGUUGGCAUUGCCUACAGUGAGAUUAGUUUAUUAAUUGUAGUUACACAUAGAUGGCUACACUAGUGCUUUGUCACCGGUGAAUCAAUCACUAGUCUGAUAUAUCUUGCCUUUCCCUUGAUUUUUGGUUAUUAACUUUAUAUAUUGAUUUGUUAUGCUGUUAGAUGUGUUAAUAACACAAAUAAUUUUAUUCUCUCUAAUAAUAACAUGAUUGAUAUUAAUUGCAUUCAAAAAACAAAUUCUGAAAACUCAAGGAAGGGGAAAAUCAGGCAAAAGGCACGUAGACUAUUAAUUGACUCUUUGGUGGCUGAGUGCUUGUAGAGCCAUCAGUGUGCAGAUACAUUUCAUGAGACAAUACUACCAAGAACAUCACAUUUUCCCUGUGGCACUGGGUUAAAAAGGGUUUCUGUGCAGGGGAAAAGAAGAAGUACUUUCUAGAGAAAGCAUCUCUUCUUUUCACCUGUUUUCUUAUCAUCUAGAAUAUAGGACAGCAAAUAAACACAAGCCCUAUAUAUUAAGUUCCUUGCAGAUAAAAUUUUCUGCAACUUUAAUACAGUAAGUUUAGCAGUCAGUUAUUUUUCUUACAUCUUAUUUUUGAGAAUUAUGUUUUUAUUUAUUUGCAUGAUUAUUUAUGCAAGUUCUCCACAGAGUGGUGUUUUACUGUAUUUUUUUAACAGAGGAUAUUGGAUAUGUGAAUUAAUUUUGUUAUCCCAGGGUAAGAGGAUCACUGUAUUAAUUCUAAUGAAUGUAUGAAGAUCUAUUUAUUGAAACUGUUUUUUGUACAUGAAUGAGCUCUGUAGUGUAUAAUAAUCUUGAGUAAACAAGAUGUGAUAUCA